UGAUCUGUCUCUGUUUGUUUUCUCUGUCAUCAUCGUCUCCGACCUAACCGACCACGCUUCCUCUCUCUCUCUCUCUCUCUUCCAUUUUCCUUCCGAUUCAUGGACCAACAUGAUCUUUGGUAAAUUCGCUUCACUACUAUCCUCACAAUCCUCACCUUCUCCGCCACUUGGAAUCACCACCACCACCACCACCACCAACCACCACGACAACAACCUGCGAGUCUCUUCUUCUCUUCAGGAUCUCUCCUCGUACUCCCACCUCAAGCAACCCCUCCACAAGCCUCAAGGGGGAAUACCAACAACAACCACCUCUUCUCGGAAGAAAUGCACCAGAGCAAUCAGGCUUGCACUCUUUCUCACCUUGUUUCUUUUCCUAGGUUACUUCAUUUUGAUGCUUGGUUAUUCAUUUUGGAACAUUGGGUCUGGGAAAUACUAUGUUGUUCUUGAUUGUGGGAGUACUGGAACUAGGGUCUAUGUGUAUCAUGCUUCUGUUCAGUUUAAGCGGUAUAGUAGUCUUCCCUUAGCAAUCAAGUCAUUGAGGGAAGGGUUGCAUAGGAAGAAGCCGUUAGGCCGCGCCUACGAUCGAAUGGAAACUGAGCCUGGCCUUGAUAAGUUAGUGCAUAAUGUGACUGGGGUGAAGGGUGCAUUGAAACCAUUGCUUAGGUGGGCUAAGAAGCAGAUACCAUUGCAUGCUCAUAAGAGUACUUCUUUGUUCCUUUAUGCUACUGCUGGUGUAAGGAGGCUUCCGGAGAACGAGUCUCGGUGGCUUCUGGAUAAUGCUUGGUCUGUGAUCAAGGACUCUCCUUUUAUGUGUAGCAAGGAUUGGGUUAAGAUCAUAUCUGGAACUGAGGAAGCUUACUUUGGGUGGAUAUCGCUUAAUUAUCAUAGCGGUAUCUUAGGUGUUAGGCCUCGGAAGGCGACUUAUGGUGCACUUGAUUUGGGUGGAUCCUCUUUGCAGGUUACGUUUGAGAGUGAUCAACAACUGAAUAGUGAGACUAGCUUGUAUGUUAGGAUUGGAUCUGUGAACCAUCAUCUCACUGCGUACUCGCUCCCGGGAUAUGGUCUCAAUGAGGCGUUUGAUAAGUCUGUGGUGCGUCUCUAUAAGAAAGAGUUUGGAUCUGCAAAAGCAGAUAUGGCUGGUAAAGAAAUAGAGCUUACGCAUCCUUGUUUGCAGUCCGGGUACAAGGAGCAGUACACGUGCUCUCAUUGUUCUUCCUAUAGUGAAGGUGGAAGUGUUGCAGUUAAUAAGAAACAGCAGGGUAAGCAAAGAGGAUCAGGAACUCCUCUAGUGCUUGUUGGUGCUCCGAAUUGGCAACAAUGUAGUGCACUAGCAAAAGUUGUUGUCAAUUUGUCUGAAUGGUCCAAUCUCAGUGCAGGGCUUGAUUGUAAAGUGCACCCUUGUGCUUUGGGUGGUAAUAUCCCUCACCCGUACGGCCACUUUUACGUGAUUUCUGGAUUUUAUGUGGUGUAUCGGUUUUUCAACUUGACGUCGGAAGCCACGCUGGAUGAUGUGUUGAAGAAGGGUAAAGAUUUCUGCGAUAAAAGAUGGGAUGUUGCAAAGAAAAGUGUUGCUCCUCAGCCCUUUAUUGAGCAGUACUGCUUUAGGGCACCAUACAUUACCUCACUGCUCAGAGAGGGUUUGCACAUUAAUGAUAACCAAAUAAGUGUUGGCUCAGGAAGCAUCACUUGGACACUUGGGGUUGCCUUGCUAGAAGCUGGGAAGGCAUAUUCCACUAGAUUUGGACUUCGUAAUUUGGAGUUUUUCCAGAUGAAGAUAAAUCCUUCUGUUCUCGUACUCAUUUUGUUGCUUUCUUUUGUUCUCCUUAUUUGUGCUUUAUCAUGUGUUGGCAAAUGGAUACCAAGGUUUCUGCGGAGGCAAUAUCUUCCCAUUAUCAGGCGUAACGGUGUUUCCAGUGCUUCUGUUCUUAAUAUCCCAUCUCCUUUUCGGUUCCAGAGAUGGAGUCCAAUGAACUCUGGGGAUGGAAGAAUAAAGAUGCCACUCAGCCCAACAGUUGCUGGUUCACAAGGAAGCCCAUUUGGUCUGGGGCAUGGUUUUGGUGAUAGCAGUAGUGGCAUCCAGCUUAUGGAGUCGUCCUUGUACCCAUCAGCUAGUGGUGUCUCACACAGUUAUUCCUCAAACAGUUUAGGGCAGAUGCAGUUUGACAGCAGCAAUGUAGGCUCCUUCUGGUCCCCCCACAGAAGUCAGAUGCAACUGCAGAGUAGAAGAUCACAGUCUCGCGAAGACCUGAAUUCCUCACUGGCUGAAGCACAUCUGGUGAAGGUUUAAGGCAUCAUUUUCUGGAAACAUUGUUCAGAGGUUUUUUGUAAUGGAGAUGACUGAAAGCUAAAGAUGCAGCCAGAUAGAUUGAUUCCAAAUACUUUUUCUGGAGCUCACUUCUAAACUGGCUUCCUCUACAAGUUGCAUAGCACAAACAAGCACUCUUGUUUCCAGGAAUCUGCAUCUAAGAUACUGCUCAGUAUUUGCUACUUGAUAUCUCCAUGUUCUACCUCAGCUCCUUUGGAAGUUAAGCGUCAAAGACUAACUGACAAUAAAGGAUUUGUUUCAUCAUAUUGCCAAAAUCACGUAGUUAUAGACUGUUCCUAUAUACCAUUCUUUAGACUAAUUAAUUGUCAUUAGUACAGAGAACCUCCCUUGCUUCAUAGAUGACUGUUGGCUUGGAAGACCAACUGGAAAAAUGGACCUGGGAAGAAAUUCUAACAUAGUAGUAUUGUAUUGUACUCACAUCUUAUACGUCAGUCAAAUAAGUUGCUGAAUUGAUUUCACAUUUCACAUUUCACAA